UGAGAAACUGGAAUUUGAAGGAGCUAUUCUGAGAUCUGUGCUCCUAGCAACUGACUGAUAACAUUAUAGACUGGACUGUUCGCUGAGUUUAGAGACUGAGUUGUAACUGAGUGAAAAAUAGACAACGAAAUCUUGAAGAAUUGCACUUUUAUUUUAGUGACUGUACGUAUGCCUGGUUUCCUGGGUCCGCGGGAAGCAUGAGUCUGUGGGGACUUGGGACAAGAAGAAAACAAGACUCCUUCACAAGGAAAACCAGACACUGACAAAACGAACCCCAAGGCCUGACGAGAGAGAACACAGCCAUGGCGGACAGAAGACCCGGGGACCCGCCGCAGGACUCUCAAAAGGAUUUGGAAAAUGACCCAUCAAUAAACUCGCAGGCACAGGAGACCACAGUCACUGCAAGUACCACCAAAGAAGCUCAGGUCCUGAUCCCCACCUCUGGUCUCAGCAAGGACCACCAAGAAGUAGAAACAAUAGGUUCAGGAAGUGCAGAAACAAGUGACCAAUCAGAAAGUUCAGAUGAAGCAAGUUGUGGGAACCAUCCAAAGGAUAAAACAGAACUUGAGACCAACCAAAGUUUUCAGGGUGGCAACCCAGGGCGUCAGCCCUCCUCAGAAAGUCUGAGUAAAGAAUCCUUGCAGCCUGAAGGUGUGGGUGAGGAAUCCUUGCAUCUGGAACCCAGCUGUUGUCCAAGCGAAGAGGGAGGAAGAGCAGAUGCACAGUCAGGGAGCAGCUCCGUAGACCUCCCUGAGGAAGCGAGCCACAGACCUAACGCUUCACAGGAGCCACUGGCCGUAGACCCCCAGGGGGUCCGGGGUCCUGGUCAUUCCGGUGCCGGGCCCGAGAGCCAGGGGACACUGAGGAGGCGACUGGUGGAGCCAGAAGCUGAAAGUCAUCAACAGGAAAUACAAACAGAAGAAAAUAAAGAGGAUGCACAGGACGCCGUGAGAAAGAGCAAUAAAAAGAAUUUUUGGAGCUAUGUUCCCAUCGUUGUGUUUGUCUCCCUGGUGAUUCUGGUUCUGCUGAUCUCCGCUCCGAGCUACUCCUCCUCCCCGGCCCAGCAGGUGCCCCGGAACCCGGCGCUGGAGGCCUUCCUGGCGCAGUUCAGCCAGCUGCAGGACGCCUUCCCGGGCCAGAGCGCCUUCCUGUGGCAGCGGGGCCGCAAGUUCCUGCAGAAGCACCUCAACGCCUCCCGCCCCACCGAGCCCGCCACCAUCAUCUUCACUGCCGCGCAGGAGGCGAGGGAGACGCUGCGCUGCCUGAGCCACCGCGUGGCGGACGCCUACACCUCCGCCCAGAAGGUCCCCGCCAUCCAGAUCGACGGCGCCGGCAGGGCCCGCGAGGACAGCGACACGGUCAAGCUGCUGGUGGACAUGCAGCUGAGCUCCGGGUUCGAGGACGGCCGGAAGGCGGCCGUGGUGCACCGCUUCGAGUCCCUGCCCGCGGGCUCCACGCUCAUCUUCUACAAGUACUGCGACCACGAGAACGCCGCCUUCAAGGACGUGGCGCUGGUGCUGACCGUGCUGCUGGAGGAGGACCGCCUGGCCGCCGGCGUGGGCCCCCGGGAGACGGAGGAGAAGGUGCGCGACCUGCUCUGGGCCCGCUUCACCGACGCCGACACGCCCGCCUCCUUCAACCGCAUGGACUCGGACAAGCUGAGCGGGCUCUGGAGCCGCAUCUCCCACCUGGUGCUGCCCGUGCAGCCCGUGCGCGCCAUCGAGGAGCAGGGCUGCCGGCUCUGAGCCGCCCACCGGGCAGCGGGCGGGGAGUUCGGGGCUCCAUUAAAGGCCUUCCCUGUCUGUGGAAGGAAUGUAAGGAGAUGGCCUGAAAAGUACAAGUGAGCUUAUUUUAGGGAAAAAAAAAAAAAAUCUUUUCUAUUUUACUUUUGGUAAAGAAUUUUCUAAUCGAAGCUUGACAAAGCUAAAAGCUGACCUGACUUUUUUCCCCUUUGCUUUUUCAAGCAAAUCAGGUUUGAAAUAGAUACCAGGUAUGGUAUAAUAUAAUGGGAUUUUUUUUUUAAUCUAAAAAUAUAGCAGAAGAAUUGUAGCACAGGAAAAUACUUUUCUCAGAGUAACUAGAGAGUGAUUUUUGUUUUUUUUGAGAUUCUAAAAACCCUUUAGGAUAGAUAGUGUUUGGUCUAAAGCAAUUAGAGUUAUGAAGCAAGGAUAAUUUAAACACAUUUAUAUCAUGUUAUAGAUUUUUAAAAACCUACUUUAAUAGCUUUAUUGUGGAAUUACAUUUUAUAGUAAUUUGCACUGCUGAAUAGUAUGAAAAAGGGAAAUUUGUAUUCAAAUAUCUAACUACUAUAUAUGUAAGGCACUGUGGUUUUUGUUUUCUUUUUGUGAGCGGGAGUAAAACCAGUUAUACUCAAGAAAUGUUCUUAAAAAUUGAAAACAAUGGGGAGUUGUUUAUAAUCAUUGGGGAUGAAGGAAUUCUAAUUGGCUGUAUCUUUACUUCAGCUUUUAAAAAUUAAAGCAAUGAUUU